AUAAAACAGAAACCGUAAGAGAAUCCUCCCAAACAAGACAAUGAAAGAACAAGACAACGAACUCAAAAUCCCCGAACCAUUACGAGCCGACUGGUUCAUGGUUCUAGUCACCAUCCAAGCUGAUCUAAUCUAUAACGCACUCGUGGUAUUAUCCUCACCUUUCUUUCUCCUCUACCGCUCCUACCGCCGCGCAGUCGCUACCGUCUCUGCGGCGGAAAAAGCGGUUAAACGGGCUCCCUCCCGGAUAGCGGGUGGUGCGGGGCGAGUUGUCAGGCGGACAUGGUUUGGGAUAUUGGGUGCAUGCCACGUGUCAAUGGUGAUGGUGUUGGCAUUGAUUUUGGCGGUUGUUAUCGGUGUUGGGAUUGUGAGUUUGUAUGUAGAAAAGCCUGUGGUUGUGAGAGACAGAUUGUUCUUUGAUUACACUGUAGAAAACCCAAGCGCGGUUUUUAGUUUUGAUAAGAAGAAGAGAUCGUUUAGUGUUCCUGUUGGUCAUAACGUUCAUGUCUCUUUGGUGCUUUGGAUGCCUGAAUCUGAAUUUAAUCGAAGAAUUGGGGUAUUUCAGUUGAAAGUAGAGCUUUUAUCCUUGAAAGGCGAGACAAUCGCGAGAUCGAGCCAACCUUGUAUGUUACGGUUUAGAAGCAAACCUAUAAGACUUGCACGAACAUUUGUGAUGAGUGUUCCACUUAUAGCCGGAAUAGCAAACGAAGCACAAACAAUGAGAAUCGAUGCAUUAAAGCACCAAGAGAAAUGGCCAAGGACAAAAGCCGUGAGAGCGACUCUGGUUCCACGUGCACAAACUUGGACAUUGCCUCAGCUAUAUGAAGCAGAAGUCGUUAUAAACUCAAAACCGCCAUGGAUUAAACGAAUGGCUUAUAAUUGGAAAUGGACUCUUUGCGUUUGGAUUUCAAUGUAUCUUUACGUCGCUAUUUUAACCGCGCUUCUUUGGUGUUUUAGACCGGUUUUGUUCCCUUACACUUCCUCAAGAAUUACUGCGGAGAGCGAAAACUUAGAGAUCGAAGUAGUUGAAGAACAACAAGAAGUAAUGGAAAGACGACGGAGGGAAAGAAGAAACCAGCCUCGUCAAAGAAGUUUUGCUACGACACAGAAAAGUUAUACAUAGUAACAUAAAUAUUCUUCGUUUUUUUGGGUCAAAUUCUGUUCUGUAAGAAAGUGGCAAAUAGUAAAUAACAAGAACUACAAAUAAUUGUGAAUACCUUUUACGGUUUUAAGUAGUGAGAAGACGUUUCAACAAUUGGUUGACGAGAAACUAUCACUGUGAAUUCUUCUUUCACUGCUUUUAACGAUCUUCUUCAAUGUAAUGACAUCUUCAUUGAGUUCUUGUUUGCCAACAAUCUUUUGCUCACGGGGUACUCUGCUUUUAUCUUAGCUUCCCAAAGCUGACUUGCCAAUUCCGCAGCUUCGAUUAGCUUAUUAUCUGCCAUGAUACUAAACAAAACUUGUGUCUCUGGCACUUGUUUGUAUCAGUCCCAAUUUUAGUAAUAGAACUAAAACAGAACAAAGCAUAAUCACUUGUACAAGUCUAGUGUACAUGUUUUUGUUGCUUUUUGAAGUUCUUCCCCUGAAUGUGUGUGUUAGAGACUUGCUCAAUACCAAAAAUGACGAAUCUUAUGUUAUUCGAUCAUAUGAAUAUUGGAUUACCUUAUAAAAUCUGGUGUUAUUA